UAUUAGCUGUAAUCUUGGAGCAUUCUCGAAAGAAGAAAAAUCGUACGCAAGAACGCAGCGAAUCCGUUUGGCGAACGUGACAAUUGGGAAUUCCUGUGAAUUUCAUGGAACCCAUGACUUUUCCCGGUUACGUUCCUUAUUUCGUAGCAGCUGUUAUCCAUCGGAAACAAGGUAGGAGGCAACGUUUCGGCCUUCGAUGAUACGUUCGCCGGGUUGCGAGUAUAAAUGAAGGACAAUGACCUAAUUGUGUGCAGAACACGCAGUGCUUCCUCAACGUCCAAUCAUCGCGCGCGUUUACUCGUGUUCGUUUUAUAUUUGAUCCAACUUCCGGUAUAUUUCGAUCUUAGUAUCUUCUAAUUCGUCGCAUUGGUUUCUUUUCUGUCAGUGUACACGCACAGCCGGGGAAAAAUAUUCGUUCGUCGAGGAGACCCGUUAUUUCGAGAACAAACGCGAUGAAGACGACAAAUUGGAUAUGCUGUCUGUUAGUCGCGUGCAUCUGCCUUGUCGAAGCCAGAUACAAGAUAAGAAGACCACCGUUACCUCCUCUCCAACCAACGAAAUUGAUGUUCAAGAAAUCCUGGCCGAUCACUCACAGAAUUUCUACAGGCAACAUGAUGCAUAUCAAUGGAAACUUGACACCGAAACGAAUGGUCCAAAAAGUAUCAAACUACAGAAUUCGUCGACCGCCAAUGUUCAAUAUGCCUCCGGUGAUUUGGAAGCAUCAAAUGCCAAUGAGAGCUCCUAUGAACAAUCAUGCGGUCCUCCCGCAACGUCCACCGGUGAAGGAGUUUCAUUCGGUGAAUAAAAUGCCGGAGUACAGUCCAGAGUACAGACCGGAAGCGGCUGUUUUACCACCGACUCACAGGGGCAGCGUUGACGAUGACAAAGGACCGAUUCAUACCAUUCCGGCACCUAAUCUCAGCCCCAUGGAUAAACCUUUCAAUGGCGAAAUGAAUGCGGAUGACAUGGCGCAACGGCAGCAGACCACUGAUGCUACGUACAAAAUUAAUCAUCAUGGUUCAUUACUACCAAACUUCGAUCUCAACACCAUCGGUACAAGUUUAUCACCGCAGAAAACGGUGACCAAUCCAACCCCCAGUCAACACCAAUACGAAGUAACCGAAACGAAUAGUGUCAGUCAAAAAGAAUACCAAACGGUUCUGCCAACGUUCAUACCACCAGAAUUUGCGACGCUGUCUACCUUGAUUAAUCCCGAUCUGCAAUCGAAUGACGUCUUCUUGAAUAAUCAUCCAGCUUCGAACAUCGGACUUAUCGGCACCAACAUCCAACUUGGACAACCUAAUCUACCGAUGCAGACAAAUUUGCACAGUUCUUUGCACGUCGGAUUCCCGGGUACCGCUGGCCAAACACCGUACAUUAUAAACCAACAGAUACCUGAUCUACAUGUUGGUCAUCCGGCACCUGCUGGUCCUCCCCUUUCGGCUACUCAACUCUACGAUCUUUUGAACAGUUUCCCUCAGAAAAUGCCUGAGCAAUAUCAACAAGGUCAACAACCACAGCUUCAGCAACACAUUCUGCAGCAGCAGCUCGGUCAAUUUUUCCAGCCCGCCGGAGUAACAGGUUUUUCGCAGCCAGAAAUGCAAUCUUUCAAUUACGACGAGCAGGAUAACAAGGAACAGCAGCAGCAACAACAACAACAGCAGCAGCAGCAGCAACAACAGCAGCAACAGCAAAUUUUAUUCGACCCAGAAUACGUCGCUGAAAGAGUCAAUACGAAUUACAACAUCGAACCUGAGGUAUCCAUAGACGAGGAGGAGAAUAAUAAUCUACGUCGAGAGGAGGAGCUCGCUUAUAUUAACGAAGGUGGUGAACAAUUGGAAAACAACAUCGAUUACGAAGAUACCAACAAUCAGAAGAGCCAGACAACGUACUUCAACAAGGUUUCCAAUAACGACGGCAUAUCCUCGCAGUUCUAUACGACGCUACCUAAUCGCGAGGCGGCCGAGAAGUUAGCAGCCCUGGCAGCAGCUGGGAACGUUAAUAGUCAACUGAUAGGACAACUUCGGAAGCAACAACAACAACAGCAAAGCGUGCAGAGCGAAGAGGCUAUGCCUCCUAAUCACAAGAACGAAGAUUACGAUCAAACGUAUCAUCAAGAUCGAUCGCAGAAUCGUCACAAACAUCGACACAGUCAACAGGAGCAGGAACAACAGUUGCAGAAGUACGAGGAACAACAAAAGGAAUACGAGAGACAACAAGAACAGCAUCGACAACGUCAGAGCACGGUAUACAAUAACAAACGACCUCUGAGAAUCAUGGUACCAGACGAGAAUGAUUAUAAUAAUCAAUCUCGGAACGAUGAACAGAAGGAAAACACGGAAAUUGAGUACGAGUAUGAAAAUGAUGAUGCCGAUACUUUAAGUUCCCAAGCUAAUGCUUCUUUCGAUGGGAGGUCAUACGAACAAUCAAACGCGGAAUUUGGAUCGCGUUUGAAUCCAAAGACUGCCGUUUAAUACUUGGUUAAAGAAUUUUUUGUACAUAUAACGUUGAACGCGAAUAUUUAUUAUCAUUUUAUUUAUUAGCUUUGUUCAAGAGUUUUUGUAACUUACUCGAUGUUGGAACGAGUUUCUUCGACAUGGGAAAUUUUUAUACUGUUUCCGUAUGAUGCAUCGACGAAACGUAUAUUCAAAUUUAUUAAUCUUCAAAUCCCUAAAACCUCAAUUUUCUAAAUUUCCAAGUUCCCAAAUUUUCAACUUUCAUAGAUCUUUCUCAAGGUAGUUCUUGAUUUUACUGGAUACUCCUUUCCUUUUAACGUUUUGUCGAUGGUACAUCGAUAACAGUAUCAUUAUGGGACAUCGUAAUUUAUUUAAUAUUAUUUAUUGUUAGGUAAGCUUGUUAGUACGCUCGCCCUUAGUCGCGAAAAAACGAAAGACACGAACUGAUAUUGCCAUCAAUUCAUAGAAUUCAUUUUUUAUUUCAAUCAGUACGCAUCACCAAUUUGAAUUACAUUUAUAUAUAUGUAUGUACAUAUGUAUUAUCCAAGUAAUCUAUCUAUAUGAUACAGGAGCCGGGUACAAACAAAAAUCUAACAAGA